AUGUCUGGUCUCAUCCUCACUCGAGCUUCGGCGCGGAAUUCAAGGCAAGGCUUGAAGCUGCUUCAAGCAGCGAAACGGCGGUCAUUCCACCCCGAACCCCGAUCUUUUCAGAACAGUCCUCACCACACUCAUCGUUUCGUAUACCGAUGGACGAUUCAGGCUAUUGGGACACCUCUGGCCGUUGCAUAUCUGUGCGAAAAGGUGGCCGACAAGAGUGAUGGGGAGAGUGGUUUCAAGCUCGACCUUCCCAACAUUGACACUGGCUUGUUGACUGAGCCAAUUCGGAUGAAGGCGAAUGUCUGGGGACAGCUUUGA